UAGGAAGAGAGGAAGGAGGAAUAAUUAUAUAACCACAAGCAUUUCCUAUGUAUCUAGUCACUCUUUCAUAGCUCUUCAGUUAUCAAUCUAAGACUAUUCUCUCAGGGACCGACAGAUAUAGUGAGAGGACUCCAAGCCUCUCUGACGAACAGGACUUACUUAACCAUUUGACCUAUUACUGAUAUUGUUACCUUCAAAUCAAGACACCCCGGAUUAGCCAAUCGAGCAACGGCUAUACCCCACCAGGAUAUAGGUUCGUCACACUACUUAUAUUAUGUAUUUUUUAAAUUUAUUUAUUUUUUACGGCUAUGUAUAUUCCUAUUCGGAAUCUUCUCUUUACAAUAGAGUCCGGAGACCUGUGGACAAAUGGCAGUUAUCUAGCUUGGCUAGGGCUACAUGUAAUUCAUCUGGCUUUUGAAAAUUGUAACAUGGGGAAACUUCUACUAUACAUUUUUAUUACCUUCUUAACUCUCUCGAUAUUACAGAUAUCGUGGAUAAAAAACGAGAGCCGAUUUAUCUGCAUGCCUUUGCUAUUCGAGUUGUUCACAUUACUCGUCGUCGGUUUCGAUAGAAGGUUGUGUCGAUACCGAACCAGAACAGAACUUUUAGCCGCAUGUCGUGAUUCCGGACGAAUUAUCUCACAAAUUGUUGAAUGGGUUUUUGAUGUUUUACGCGAAUUUACUAUCGGUCUACUCUUAGGCUGUACGGAUUGGAAGGGAACAAACUGCAAAGUUUAUGCAACGGAGGCGGUUUAAUAAAGCUGCGCUCAUGGGAUAAAGAUUACCAUUUAAUUUUCCAGUGUCUAGGCUGCUAGGCUUGGGAAAUGGUCACGAUACUAAAGAUAUCAAGACUCCAUGAAAUUCUAUAUGGCUUUAGUACACAGAGAAAAGAUGGGUAGAGUAUCACCAUCUUCUAUGGCUCGACUUGGGACUAGUUUCGCAACUAAGCCAUCACCUUCAUUACCUACUAAGACGUGGACCCUUCUCUAUUAAUUCGCAAACCGUUCCCAAUUUUACAGCAAUCUCAAAUACACAGUC